CUCCACGCGUAUGUCGUGUCAACCCCAGCCAACCUUUGACUAGCCUAGAACCUUGUGAAUUGUUGCAUCUGGUUAACCUUUGUUUCUCUCUCUCCCAGAAGACUCCCACCGCCUCAGCAACCACCUGCCUGUUGGCCUCGGUUCCGCCCACAGCCUGGACACUUCCCAGCUCACGGAUUUCCCUACACCCCGGACCUGGAGAGAGCCCUAGCCCUGAGAUCUCAGACUUCCCUUGCUGAUUUUCUUUGAAUAAACUGUCUAACUCAGAUCCGCGUUUGGGUCUUCUCUGCCUGGCAGACCCAGCGGAUCUCAGAAACCUUAGUCAGGCCAUAACUCAUCAGGAAGGAGUUCUCGGUCAACAAGCUAGAGCUUUAAGAGAGGUUACUGAUGUUCUCUGCGGCCUCACCACCUCCGUCACCGCUCUCCAGCAACAGCUUCUUUCCCCUACUGCUGAAGCCUCCGCGAGCCCCGCAUCUCUCCCCGCUGCAACCGCCACUUCCAACCAACCCGACUGGGAACCUUGGGUCCCCGCACCAGAAAGGUACGAUGGGAAUCUAGGUCAGUGACGUGCCUUUUUGCUUCAGUGUGAUCUCGUUUUUCCUCGGCAGCCCAGGACCUACUCCACAGAAGCAUCUAAGAUCGCCUACCUGAUCGGGCUUCUCCGGGGCGAGUGGGCAACCGCUGCAUGGGGGAGACGCUCGGCAAUCACAGACACUUAUGUCACCUUCACGAACGAGAUGCGGAAGGUUUUCGACCACCCAGUGAGAGGUAAUCAGGCAUCCCAGAGACUGCUACACCUGCGCCAGGGGAGCCACAGCGUGGCGGAAUAUGCCGUCGAAUUCCGGACCCUGGCUAUGGAAAGUGGCUGGAAUGAGACUUUAACUUCUAUUUUCGCCAAUGGUCUGACAGAACAGUUAAAGGAUGAACUUGUUUCCUAUCCUGAGUUCUAAUCUAGAUGAGCUGAUUUCCCUGUCUAUUAGCAUAGAUAAUCGCUGCUGGGAGCAUAGGGGAGAGAAACGGCUAACUGAGACCACUAACAGCCCUCGAUCCCGAGCCCCACACCACUCUGGGACAGUAAGCUCAUUCUCACCACCUCAGCCAGUAACGUCUGUCCGCCCAUCACAGGGAAACGACCGCAGAGAACUCUCCUCCGGAGAUGGAGCCCAUGCAACUGGGCCGUUCCCAGCUGAGCCCCGAAGAGCGCCAGCAUCGUCGCCAAACCAACUGCUGCCUGUAUUGCGGCCAGCCCGGACAUCACCUGGCCACCUGCUCCAAGAGACCGUCAAAUGGGCGGGCUCGCUAGAGCUAGGGAGCGCCCUAGCAAGCCGAACAACCGCUCCAUCAUCCCCUCGCCGACGCACUUACCUUCAGGACACCAUCUCUCACGAAGACCUUUCUCCUGGACCCCAGAGGCAGAGUGCCUUUGUGGAGCUCAAGUCCCGUUUCUCCUCAGCCCCCGUCCUCGUCCAACCUGACCCAUCUUGGCAUCUGACGCCUCAGACGUUGGGUUGGGAGCGGUUCUCUCCCAGCAUUCUGCCGAGGACGGCAAGCUCCACCCCUGUGCCUUCCUCUCCCGCCGCUUCUUCCCCUCGGAACACAACUACGAUGUUGGUAAUAGGGAGCUGCUGGCCGUGAAGUCAGCCCUGGAAGAGUGGCGCCACUGGCUGGAGGGGGCCGAACAUCCAUUUGUUGUCUGGACCGAUCACAAGAACCUGGAGUACAUCAGAUCUGCCAGACAACUAAACUCUCGUCAGGCCAGAAGACUCCCACCACCUCAGCAACCACCUGCCUGUUAGCCUCAGUUCCACCCACAGCCUGGACACUUCCCAGCUCACGGAUUUCCCUACACCCCGGACCUGGAGAGAGCCCUAGCCCUGAGAUCUCAGACUUCCCUUGCUGAUUCUCUUUGAAUAAACAGUCUAACUCAG